UUGGGGUUCGAUUUCGCAGUCAGCAUACCUGGUCUAUGGAUGGACGGAUGAAAAGUUGUUUUGGAUCGUCAACGUUGGAAAUAUAACAGGAUUUUUAUCAGUUUUAUUUGGGGUAUAUCUUGUUGAUUGUAAAGGUGAGCAGCAUAUAUUUACAGUCAAAAUAUCUUGACGAUUGUACAGGUGAGCCGCAAAUAUUUACCUACCAAAGUUGUUUUCAAAUUCUGUGCCCAAAGGUGAAAAUCCGCUCUAUUUUCUUGGAGCUUAACAUAGUCACGUCGACAAGUGAGAUACAUGCACAUGUUUUUUUUUUCUUUUUGUUUUCCUUGUUUUUGAAUCUUGACUUAAGUUGGGUUGCUAUUUUAAGUAUUGACUCGACACUCAUCAAUCUUUGCCAGUACUUUAGUUUUUACUAAUUUGUUUUAAGCUCGACUGUGAUGAAAGCUCCAAGCUGAUUGGAACCACUCUUGAGUCUGCUUCCUGGAAAAACCAGUACUGGUGUCAUAUGAGAAGUCAUGGUCGUGACCCCAGUGGGGCUAGAAAUCACGACCCCUGGAUUGAGCGACCGACACCUUAUCCACUAGACCACCGCUCUCGCCAAUACUUUGGGGUGUUUCAAUACAUUUGUAUUCUUUUUGUAUCCGGAAAGUCUCUCUUUAUUCACUAGAAUAACCUAUGACACGAUGGCCUAAUGGUAAGCGCUUUGACUUCUAAGCACAUUGCUGUUGGUUCCAGUCAUAAAUGAGAUUAAUUUUUAUUUCAAUGUAAUGUGAUUUUAUCGAUUUUUCGUUCAUUCUUAAAUUGUUCUCUAUAACAUUUUUACACGUAUUUUUCUUUUAUUUUGUAAAAACCUUUUUUAGUGUUUAUUUUAUGAUUUCUAUUUUUUGUCAACUGACUGUUGAUUGAAUUGUCCGUUGAGUGAACGAACGCUUGUCCAGUUUUGGAUUUCUCGGAAACGCUGGUGACAAGUAAUUUGUCUUUAGAUCUAAGAUGUUAUACAAUUUUAAGUUGUCAUUUUCUACCAAGGUAUAGUGACAUGUGCAAAGCGGGUGUUGAAAUCUAGUGUAUUUCUUUUGAAAAAAAAAAACAACAACCAUACAAUCAUGAUUAGUGUGGCAGUUACCGAUUCUGUUAUGUUUACAGGUAAAGUAAUAAAAAAAAGGAUAUGGCCAGACAUGGGACUCCCACAUCACUUAGUUUGACAGCUGAACGUUUUGUUGGCACAGCUAUCUGCUCACACGACAUGGUGUCAGUUAAGAAAUGAAUCCGUGUGUCAAUGGUUGUGUGUGCUGCUACAAUGGCUGUUGUCACAGCAAUGAGAAUUGUAACAUUAAAGUCUGAAAUCGCCACAAUACUAAUUGCCAUUGGUCAAGGUUUAAAUGGUAUAGCUACUAGUGUAACAAUGUGUAUUCCAACUGUCGUGUCAAAGACUUGGUUCAAAGUCACAGAAAGGACCACGGCCACGGCUGUUUCUGCUCUCGCAUCUGCCUUGGGUGCAGCGGCAGCUUACUUGUUCGGUCCAUUAACAGUUUCGAUGCCUAAAUUAAAUGGUACAGAAGUACUUCUAAAUGAAACAGAUACUUCGCUGAUAAAAUCACAGAUGAUGAAACUACAUUACAUAUCGUUUGGGUUUGCCAUACUGCUGAUGUUGUGCUGCGUCAUAUACCUCCCCUCCGCACCAAAGACUGCACCAAGCAAAACUGCAAGUAUCGAUAGGUACAGCUUGAAAGUUGGAAUAAUCCAGCUGGUAAAGAAUCCUUCUGUUUGGUGCAUAGCUGCCGUUUACUCAAUUCCCGUUGGAUUCUAUGGAAACUGGUCCUCAAUCUUAGAUGUUAUACUUAGUCCGUAUGGAAUUUCGCAAGCAGAUGCAGGCUGGAUGAAUUUCUAUGGCUCUAUAGGUGGGGUUAUUUGUGGAGUUCUUCUUGGCAGGUGUGUUGAUCAUUUUCAGAAGAAAACGAAAAUAAUCAUUGUCAUGUUGUAUAUAUGUGCCGCGGUGGAUUUCGCAUUGUUUACAUGCACGUGUGUGGACAUUCGUCCAAAGUCUAAAGGUGUAUUUUAUACAACUGUUAUAUUAGGCAGUAUGAUUGUGAGCAGUAGCAUGCCACUUUUCCUGGAGAUGACGUGUGAAACGUCAUAUCCUGUGGCCGAGGGAGUUACUGCAGGAUUCCUUGGAAUGAUUGUGAAUUUAGGAGCAGCAGUCUUUAUGUGCAUAGAACUUAUUCCUAACCUUGACACAGGCUGGGCAAACUGGGCUCUUGUUGGUGUUUAUAUCGUUGCUGUACCCCUUAUGACAUUCUAUAAAGCUGAAUAUAAGAGGGUGGAUAUAGACAUUGUAACAGAUAAAUCCAUAUCGUGACAGAUUCAUUUCAGAUGUAACUGCUUAUUUGAAAUGAAUAAAACUGUUUAAAAAUUGAUAAUUCUGAAGCCUGAAGCCUCUAUAUUUAUAUAAAGGAUAUUUGUUUGUUUCAGUUCAAGUAUCAGUCAACAUGUAAACACCAGCCGCAAUAUUUUCACAAUUUUUCAACUGUUUAAGUUAAAUUUUGUUUCAGUGUUAAGGCUGAACAUUUAUCACAGAGAAAAUACCAUACACAGUGCCAGCUUUCAUAGCCAAAUCGCUGGCUUAUCGAUGAAAUUGUCUCCCUUGAAAAUACGCUAUCGGCGUUAUCGAUUUCUCGAUCCGGUAGAUUUUGCUACUAUAGAGAUAUAUAGGAAAUGAUUUUUAAAUUGUAAUAACUUUUUUUUAUUUUUUAUGCCACAUAAUUUAUCCAGGUAUGAGCACAAACGUUAUUCUUUCAUUAUUAUGAUGAUGUAAAAAGUUUUGUGAUUUAAUAGCAUCUUAAUGCUUCCCUACUCGUUAUAUAAUUGAUACUAUCACUCCCUAUUCCCACAAUAGAAAACAGAAGGGAAAAAGAGUCAUUUUUCAAAUAGAAAUUUCUUACUUUUAUGAUUUUAAUACAAAAUCUAUCCACGUAUGUGCACAAAAAAAAAGAAAUUUAUCAUGAUCUUAAUUCCUCCCUGAUCAAUUUAAAUCAGUCAUGUUUUAGCAAAAACCUUUUCUGGCCAUUCAAUGGGUUUGUGAAAUGCGUAUUACAUAACUAGACCUAUUACAUGUAUUAGUAUACUGAUGGUCCAGUACAAUAUGAUUGUUCUUAAUCAGAACAGACCAGAACAAAAGUUUAUUCAGUAAUUUGUACAUAAAGUACCUCAUUACAUAAUAUACAUUGACAUAUAAGAUAUGAUCAUGUGACAAAGUUGUUGAAAAUUUAUAAAUUUAUAAAUGGAGAACGGAUCGUAACGGGUGGGUCUUUUUACCCCAAGACACCACAGAACACCCAAACACAUCCCAACGCUACCAAAAAACAACAAUCACCGUAUCACCCAGCAUCAAAAUAAUCACUUAAUUUGAUAUUAUGAGUGGGUAACUAUAUAACAUGAUAACUCAAGGGGAACAACCCAAAACCGCUUAACUGUAAAUAAAGGUGUUGCAGUUAUUUCCCUGUCAAUUGGUGCGAUUAAAGUAGUUGUUAUUUAACAGACAUACAAACCUAAAAAUGUACACUGGGAGGUCCCGGGGUAAAAAAACCCACCGGAUCGUAACGGUCUUAAGAAUAAAGAUGAUGAUGUUAUUAAGAAACACAAAAAGCGUUACAAUGAAGACAUCAGUGAUUGCUAUUCAAUAUUAAUAUGGUAACCUAAACUGUCUGGACAACGAUCUAUGUAUAAUUUUCACUAUGACAAAAAAUAACGAGUUGUUAGUACUGCUGAUAUUAAUGUUUCCAUGUAGGUAUAAUUGUCACUGCUUUUAUACAAUGUAGAUGUGGGAUGAGCACAAUUAAUAAUUUCAAUUCCCCGUAAAUACUGGAAACAAUCAUAUCAACACUACAAUGAACAUGUUGCCCCUUAUUAUCUAAGUAACAUAUUAUUCCUUUUAUCGCUUGCUAGUCUAAUAUAUCUACA